AUGGAUUUUCUGAUUGGAUACACAGCUGCAAGGAUCAAUAAUAAAACGUAUAUGUUUCCAGUGUUGCCAGUAACAGAAUGCGCCGUGCCUAUUGACAUCGUCACCGAAAAACUGACGCCGGCAUCUUUAAAAAAACCGACUCCAACCAUAAUAGCAAUGAUACCGAACAAAAUACCAAUCAUAACCAGCACGGCACGACGCGUUGCAACCACAAACCCCCGCAGGGGCUUAUACCAUUGGUGGUACGGAAUGUUGGGAUAUACAUUUCUCACUCAGAUUGUACACUACUUAGAAGUGACUCAAUAUGAGUACUUUACGUUUCAUGACAGCUACUAUUAUCAAGAUUCAAAUGUUCCUUUCAUUGAAAAAUCAAAGAAAAUAAAACUACCCAAGCCAUUUGAAGGAGCCGCGUUACCACUGGGUCAAGUACCACCAAUACUUUUAAAAAUGAUAACGCCAACGUUCCAUGAUAACAGAAUAGCUAAAGCGAUUUCUCGUCUGCCACCUUUAAAGUAUCCAGAUUAUUUUAAAGGCUGGAUAGGUCAGAAAAAAAAGUAA